CCUUCGCUGUCUCUCUCCGCAUCCCUUCACUCUCUUUUUCUCUCUAAUCUUUUCUAUCUCCCUAUGCUUCAGCUAGCGCUGGCUUUGUGUAAACCCUAGAAGAACAGCGCUACAAAGCCAUCUCACUGAAAUUCAGCAAGGGUUUUAGGUUCUAUUAGUCUUGCUCGAUCAUCGGAAUUUCAUAUUUAUAAAUUUACGUACACAUAUAAGAGAUAUAAAAAUUAUGGAUCUUCAUAGCCUCGCCGUUGUCCUCCAAGCUGCACUUAGCCCCAAUCCCGAUGAAAGAAAAGCUGCUGAACAGAGUCUCAAUCAGUACCAGUACACACCUCAGCAGUUGGUGAGACUGUUGCAGAUUGUUGUAGAUGCUAACUGCGACAUGGCAGUACGUCAAGUUGCCAGUAUUCAUUUCAAGAAUUUCAUUGCAAAGAAUUGGUCACCUCAUGAUCCUGACGAGCAAUCAAAGAUCUUGCCUAGUGAUAAAGACUUGGUCAGGCAGAACAUACUUGUGUUUGUACCCCAAGUUCCUCCUUUGUUGAGGGUACAACUGGGUGAGUGCCUCAAGACAAUGAUCCAUGCAGAUUACCCAGAGCAAUGGCCAAGCCUUUUACACUGGGUGAAGCAUAAUUUACAAGAUCAGCAAGUUUAUGGGGCUUUGUUUGUCCUUAGGAUUCUUUCUAGAAAAUAUGAGUUCAAGUCAGAUGAGGAGCGGACACCAGUUCAUCUCAUUGUUGAGGAGACAUUUCAUCAUCUGCUAAGUAUAUUUAACAGGCUUGUCCAGAUUGUCAACCCUUCACUGGAAGUAGCAGACUUAAUCAAACUCAUUUGCAAAAUUUUCUGGUCAUCCAUCUAUUUGGAGAUUCCGAAGCAGUUAUUUGAUCCAAAUAUCUUCAAUGCUUGGAUGGUUCUUUUCUUAAAUAUAUUGGAGAGGCCUGUCCCAUUAGAAGGCCAACCUGCAGAUCCGGAGCUCAGAAAGUCAUGGGGAUGGUGGAAGGUUAAGAAGUGGACGGUUCACAUAUUAAAUCGCCUGUACACCCGGUUUGGAGAUUUGAAAAUUCAAAAUCCCGAAAACAGAGCUUUUGCGCAGAUGUUCCAGAAGAAUUAUGCUGGCAAAAUUUUGGAGUGCCAUUUGAAUUUGUUGAAUGUGAUCCGUGUUGGUGGCUAUUUGCCUGACAGAGUUACCAACCUCAUUUUGCAAUAUCUAAGCAACAGCCUUUCAAAGGCUAAUAUGUACACUCUGCUGCAACCAAGACUUGAUGUUGUUCUUUUUGAGAUAAUUUUUCCACUUAUGUGCUUCAAUGAUAAUGAUCAAAAGCUUUGGGAUGAAGACCCGCAUGAAUAUGUGAGGAAGGGUUAUGAUAUAAUUGAAGAUUUAUAUAGUCCUAGGACAGCGGCAAUGGAUUUUGUAAGCGAGCUGGUAAGAAAACGUGGGAAAGAGAACCUUCAAAAGUUCAUCCUAUUCAUUGUGGAGAUUUUUAAGAGAUAUGAUGAUGUAGCGGUGGAAUAUAAACCCUAUCGACAAAAAGAUGGUGCCCUUCUUGCUAUUGGAGCACUAUGUGAUAAAUUGAAACAAACUGAACCUUACAAGUCCGAACUGGAGCGUAUGUUAGUGCAACAUGUGUUUCCUGAGUUCAGCAGCCCUGUUGGCCAUCUUAGAGCCAAGGCAGCAUGGGUUGCAGGACAAUAUGCUCACAUUAACUUUUCAGACCCAAACAAUUUUCGUAAAGCAUUACACAGUGUUGUUGCUGGGAUGCGCGAUCCAGAUCUUCCUGUUCGUGUUGACUCGGUCUUUGCUUUGCGUUCUUUUGUUGAAGCAUGCAAAGAUCUGAGUGAGAUUCGACCUAUUCUUCCUCAACUACUUGAUGAGUUUUUCAAACUUAUGAAUGAAGUGGAAAAUGAGGAUCUUGUGUUUACUCUUGAGACUAUUGUGGACAAGUUUGGGGAGGAGAUGGCACCUUAUGCUUUUGGAUUAUGCCGGAAUUUGGCUGAUGCAUUCUGGAAGUGCAUGAAUACUGCUGAAGCUGAUGAUGAAGCUGAUGAUCCAGGUGCUUUGGCAGCAGUUGGUUGUUUGCGUGCCAUUAGCACAAUUCUUGAAUCAGUGAGCAGGCUUCCUCACCUUUUUGUCCUCCUCGAGCCAAUUCUGCUUCCAAUAAUGCGUAGGAUGUUGACUACUGAUGGACAAGAGGUCUUUGAGGAAGUUUUGGAAAUCGUGUCGUAUAUGACAUUUUUUUCACCGACGAUAUCCAUGGAUAUGUGGAGUCUUUGGCCAUUGAUGAUGGAAGCAUUAGCUGAUUGGGCUAUUGAUUUUUUUCCAAAUAUUUUGGUUCCACUUGAUAACUAUAUAUCCAGGAGUACUGCACAUUUUCUUACGUGCAAGGAACCAGACUACCAGCAGAGUCUUUGGAAUAUGAUUUCAUCUAUCUUGGGAGAUAAAAAUUUGGAGGAUAAUGAUAUUGAGCCUGCUCCUAAGCUCGUCGAAGUGGUGUUUCAGAACUGCAGAGGGCAGGUGGAUCAGUGGGUUGAGCCAUAUAUUAGAGUUACAGUUGAGCGGUUGCGUCGUACUGAGAAACCAUAUUUGAGAUGCCUGUUGAUGCAAGUGAUUGCUGAUGCUCUUUACUACAAUGCAUCAUUGACACUCAACAUAUUGCAAAAACUUGGUGUUGCCACAGAAAUUUUUAACCUUUGGUUCCAGAUGUUGCAACAAACGAAAAAGAGUGGGGUUCGGGCCAAUUUCAAAAGGGAACAUGAUAAGAAAGUUUGCUCCUUGGGAUUGACAUCAUUGCUUCCUCUUCCUGCGGAACAAUUGCCUGGAGACGCUUUAGGGCGUGUUUUCCAUGCCACUCUCGAUCUACUUGUUGCCUACAAGGAUCAAGUGGCAGAGGCUGCAAAGGAAGAAGAGGUUGAAGAUGAUGAUGAUAUGGAUGGUUUGCAAAGUGAUGAUGAGGACGAUGAUGGUGAUGGGUCUGACAAGGAAAUGGGAGUUGAUGCUGAAGAUGGAGAUGAAGCUGACAGCAUUAAACUUCAAAAAUUAGCUGCACAGGCAAAGGCUUUCCGCUCAGCUGAUUCAGAUGACGAUGAUUCAGAUGACGACUUCAGUGAUGAUGAAGAUUUGCAAUCACCCAUUGAUGAGGUUGACCCUUUCAUUUUCUUUGUGGACACUAUCAAAGCUUUGCAAGCAUCAGAUCCGUUGAGGUUCCAGAACCUCUCACAAACGCUUGACUUCCAUUAUCAAGCACUUGCUAAUGGUGUUGCACAACAUGCUGAGCAGAGAAGGGCAGAAAUUGAGAAGGAAAAAAUAGAGAAGGCGUCUGCAUCAGCUGCAGCUGCUUCAUGAAGCUGGCGUAGACGAUGUUGUGGCUUGAAUUUUUCUUUGCUCUCCCUGCCCUUUGGUCAUUCCGUUCAUUUAGUAAUGGCUUAUGAAAACCAAGAGUUGUUGCAGAGUCUAGGUGGAGUUUUUGAUGGGUUUACCGGUCAUGGAGUUCAGUCAGCCCCAGUGGGUCUUCAGGGUUGAAUGUACAUCCAAGUUACCGGAGAUGAGCAGAAUGUGGAGUAAGGAACUCCACAAUUCCCACAUUAUUUUCUUAAUGUGGGUUUUGGGUUGAGUCAUUGUCUGGUGAGUCGGCUAGUCUAUGGCAGUAGAUGCCUGUCUUCACCCCAUCAUUCCUUUUGUAUUAGGCUUUUAUAGGGGAUCAAAUGCCCAUUUCAGGGUACAUUGGUUUACAAGCCCUCAAAUCUGGUUUAGCAAGAAGGGUUUCACUCAUACAGGUUAUCAUAUUUCUCCGUCAGUCACUUGGAUGGAUCACUUGCAGCGGUGUAUUGAUAAUUUUUUGGUGAAGAGCGACAUGCAAAUUUUAUUUUUUCUUUUUCCUUUACUUUUAUCCGUUAUAAUAGUUUUCAGGUUCAAUGUGUCAUUGGUUAAUUUGGGGGUUGGUAUUUUUUGGGUCAUGGCAGAAAGCUCAAGCGAGCUGCUUUGUGGUGAAUGUAAAAUAACUAUUUUUUCUUGUUGAUUGAUGAGGAGGCUUGUGUUCAAUAUUUGUUACUGGUUCCUUGUA